AUGAAUGACUAUUACGAGUUUGAUGAUCGUAAAAUGCGUGGCCUACGAGAUUGGCGCAAAGCCCUCAAGACUCCAGCAACGUAUCGAGUAGGCAAUACUGUCAGAAUUCAACCACAAUUUAUGUUGCUUAUUAUUUUAUUAGGAGUGUUUUUGCUAGUUUUAUUCUAUUACAAUUGGUGGACAAAUGAACAAACUUUACAUCACUGGACUAAGAGUUCACGAGUAUAUAAUGCAACAUAUCCACUUUCGCCUGUAUUACAUUCCGGAGAUAUUAUUACAUUUAGGAUAGGAGUUGUAGCUGAUCUCGAUAAAAACUCUAAGAGUAGUGCUAAGGCGCACACUUUUAACAGCUACCUGAAGAAGGGACAUUUAAGUUAUAACCUUGCUGCAAAAUAUGUGACAGUUUCAUGGGACAAGACACCAAAUGUCAUGUUGUCUUCAACAUAUUCACAGAAAGGACGAGGUAUGGAAUUAUCUGAGUUAAUCACAUUUGAUGGAAGAUUACUAACAUUUGAUGAUAGGUCAGGUAUGGUCUUUGAAAUCAUUAAUAACAGAGUAGUUCCAUGGGUAAUUCUGUCUGAUGGCAAUGGUAAUAAUGAGAAAGGGUUUAAGUCAGAGUGGGCAACAAUCAAGGACGAGAUACUUUAUGUGGGAUCUAUGGGAAAAGAAUGGACUACUGCUAGUGGUGAAUUCCAAACAUAUGACCCUAUGUGGGUUAAAGCUAUAAAUAUCCAUGGAGAGGUUCAACAUCUGAAUUGGGUGCAUCAAUAUAAAAUAAUUAGACAUGCUUUAGGCAUAGAAUGGCCUGGGUAUAUGAUCCACGAAUCUGGAAUGUGGUCAGAAAUUCAUAAAAAAUGGUACUUCAUGCCGCGAAGAUGUAGUCAUCAACCAUAUAAUGAGACAAGAGAUGAACUUAUGGGAUGCAACUAUUUGAUCACAUCCGAUUCCCAUUUUAGCAGCGUUAAAGCUACUCAGAUAACAAAACAUAAACCAAAGUAUGGCUUCUCAUCAUUCAAGUUUAUACCUGGAUCUAAUGAUGAAGCAAUUGUUGCUUUGAAAACAACAGAGUUUGAAGGAAAAACAGAGACAUACAUCACUGCAUUUACAGUAGAUGGCUUAUUACUAUUGGAUGAUACUUUAGUGGAAAACAUUAAGUUUGAAGGUAUUGAAUUUAUAUAA